AUGUUCAUUCAACCUCAACAAGGUCAAAUAAUAGACAAGUUGCAGCAGAACCUUGUUGAAAGGAGAAGGUCAAAACGAAAACCAUUUGGAAAUGAAAAGGACAGACAAAAAACGGAGUUUGAGUAUUCGAGGAAUGAAUUGAAGAUCCUCUUGGCACAAUUUGGGACAAAAACAAAGGUAGCAGAAGAUCUAGAAAAGGAUGUUAUAAAACUUCAAGAAGAUAUCGAACGUUUGUUGGCAAAAGUGACGAAAAAAAGAAAAGUUAAAACAAUUCAAAUUACACCACCACAAUCACCAACAACAUUAAGACCAAGAUCCACGGACUUUCUGUUAAAUAUAAUUAAGAAACUCCUAUCAUACAUUUUGAUUCCUCUUUAUAUGGCAUUAGCUAUACCUAAAAAACUAUAUCGUAAUAUAAAUUGUACAGUCAUUUUAAUUCUAAUACUAUUAAUAGAAUGUUUUGUUCUUUUGUUUAUUUGGGCCGCCAAAAGAUCGUUUCAUGGUUACUCUUACGUUGAUUCGUACGAGACGGCAAUACAUGGAACUUUUGGAGUAGACCAAACUACAUCUUUUGGAGUAAUGAAUUCAAUACAGGACUUUUUUGCUGAAAUACUGAUUGGAAAUC